GGUGGCUUGCAAAGCACGGAAGUAAAUUCUUAGAAUUUGCAAUUUUUGCCUGUGGUGUAGCUUGUGUUAGAAGUGGCGGCUUCUCCCUCAGGUCCACCCAGGGAGAUCUUAACGGGGAAUCUUGCUUGCAGCACUGAUAAAGCUUUUGCACAGCUAUCAUGGCAUCUACUUGGGCUCUCCAGGCCCACGAGGACCAGGAUGACCUUUUGGAGGUAAAGAUUGAGGAGGAGGAGAAGGACACCCCCAGACAGCAUCAGAUCCUGCAAAAGAACAACACCCACAGUAGGGAGGUCUUCCGACAGUACUUCCGGCAGUUCUGCUAUCAGGAGACCUCUGGACCCCGAGAGGCGCUGAGCCGGCUGCGGGAGCUCUGCCGCCAGUGGCUGCGGCCGGAGACGCACAGCAAGGAGCAGAUCGUGGAGCUGCUGGUGCUGGAGCAGUUCCUGACCAUCCUGCCCGAGGAGCUGCAGGCCUGGGUGCGGGAGCAGCAGCCGGAGAGCGGGGAGCAGGCGGUGGCCGCCCUGGAGGACCUGGAGAGGGAGCUGGAUGAGCCAGGAGAACAGGUCUCAGUCCACACCGAGGAACAAGGCCAGCCCUUGCAGGAGAUGGCCCCUCUGGGAACAGAACAGGAGCCCGGUGUGUCCCUCCCACCCCUGAUGGCACAGCUCAAGUGUGAGUCUCCAGAACCUGAAGCCCCGCUGGAGGAGCCGGUUUCAGGUGUUGAGACUGGGAACGAGUGCAGGAAUUUAAAGCAAGAAAUUUCUGAAGAAAUGGAACCACAUGAGAACAUGUCUGCAUUUAAACGUGAAGUGUUCUGGCCUGCUCAGUGCAGAGAAGCUGACAAUCCUGAAGCAAAACCAGAAGAGUCUUCUGGACACUCCAGGGAAGGUGAACAACCUACAGGUGAAGAAAGCAGAGUCCGUCUGGGUGAACAGCAGAGGUUCUGUCCGGGAGGAAAACCUCACGAGUGCGAGGAGUGUGGGAAAGCCUUCAGUCAGCACUCGCGCCUUGUAGAACAUCAGAGGGUCCAUACUGGAGACAGGCCUUACAAGUGCGAGGAAUGUGGAAAAACAUUCCGUGGGAGAACUGUGCUUAUCCGGCACAAAAUAAUCCACACUGGUGAGAAACCGUAUAAGUGUAACGAGUGUGACAAAGCCUUUGGCCGGUGGUCAGCUCUUAACCAACAUCAGAGACUUCACACAGGAGAGAAGCACUACCACUGUAAUGAGUGCGGCAAAGCCUUCAGCCAGAAAGCAGGCCUCUUUCACCAUCUCAAGAUCCACACAAGAGACAAACCAUACCAUUGUACUCAGUGUAAUAAGAGUUUCAGUCGGCGCUCGAUACUUACUCAGCAUCAAGGAGUUCACACUGGGGCAAAGCCCUAUGAGUGCAGCGAGUGUGGAAAAGCCUUUGUGUAUAACUCAUCCCUGGUUUCCCACCAGGAGAUCCAUCACAAAGAAAAGUGCCAUCAGUGUAAGGAAUGUGGGAAAUCCUUCAGCCAGAGCGGCCUUGUUCAGCACCAGAGGAUCCACACUGGGGAAAAACCUUACAAGUGUGAUGUAUGUGGAAAAGCCUUUAUUCAGAGGACGAGUCUUGUAGAACAUCAGCGAAUUCACACUGGGGAGAGACCUUAUAAAUGUGAUGAGUGUGGGAAGGCUUUCACGCAGAGAUCUGUCCUCACGGAACAUCAGAGAAUCCACACUGGAGAGAGGCCCUACAAGUGCGACGAGUGUGGGAAUGCCUUCCGAGGAAUCACGAGCCUCAUCCAGCACCAGAGAAUCCACACCGGGGAGAAACCCUACCAAUGUGAUGAAUGUGGCAAAGCCUUCAGACAGAGGUCAGAUCUUAGUAAACACCAGAGAACCCAUGCUAGAGGUGGUCCUUGUACAUGUAAAGAGUGUGGGGAGUCGUUCAGGCAGACCUCAGCUCUUACUCAACACCAGAAGCAGAACAGCACAUUCCUCUUCUCCGAAGUUGAUGGUUUAGUUGGGGAUAGCUAAGAUCUGCAUGUGAGGUUAGGUGAGACCGCAGCAGGACAGGAGAAAUGACACAGGUCCUGGUCUUGGAAGUGGCUCGUGGCACACAGUAAGUGCUGUCCAUCCGGGAGGACGGACCGCCGGUGCCUCGGGGGGUCAGGAAAGAUCUUACUGACACUAAGGGUUGGGUGGGCGGAAUUGGAGGGCAAAAUGGAAAGGAUUUAGGGUGAAGGAAAUGUAGGCAGAGGCAAGAGUGCUCGUGGUUUGGAAGCACGUGAGUCGACCUGAGGUACAGGGUCUGUUCAGUUGGGCAGUUGUUGGCGGUACGUUGGCAACAGAGCUUGGGGACAGACUGGGAGGGCAAGAAUGCCUCUUUGACUUCAUUCCUAAAAUAUCUCUAAAAUUAUUGGCCGUUGGAAAGGUGAGGACACUCUUGCGUACAGAGACGGUGAUGUAGCUACAGUGUCACAAGGGAAAGCCCAGCCACUGAAGUGUAGGUCUCUGACCUCAAGUCCUGUCUGUUGCUCUAGGGAUCCCUCCACUUCACUGAGGAAAACGCCCGAGUCCCACUCACAGACCUUCUGCCUCACUGCAUUGAAUCCCAGCUGCCUUCAUGGUUGCCUGUGGAGUGUGGACAUGUGAACACUUUCCCGUAAGCAGGCACCGCUGCUGGUUCAGAGCAUAAGGGAAGCCCAACAGCGGACAGGUGCCAGCAGGACCAUAGAGAGCACAGGGAACCUGACCACCAUCCCGCCGUAAGGGCUUCAGGCUGGCCUUUCCACUUCUUCAAAUUUAAGGGCGUCAAAAUAGGAGACUGACCUACAUUCGAAGGCUCCUGGGGUCGUCUGAGCACAAGGCUUCGCGGUUAGUUAGGGCGCUAGGGUUCUCUGCCUCCUAACCUCUCUUUUCCCCAGUUAUGUAGUUCUCAUGUUCUCAGUUCCCUGACAACUGCUCCGCAGAACUGGUUUACAAUUUCUUGGUUUGUAUACCUUCUUGAGCACAUCAAAGAGCCAAAGAUUAGUGACUCUGUCCCUUGGGACUCGUGAGAACAGAUGAGCUGGUUGGCUCUGCUCCUGUUCUACUGGGUGAGCAGUUCUGUCUGGGACGACUGCCUGGGGCCAUUAUUGGUGGUAGCCCGCAGCCACAGAGAGACACACGUGGCUCCUGGUCUGUUUGUCUUCUUUACAGAGGAUUUUUGACCUUCACUGAGCUGUCCUUUGAUUUCCUUCCCUUGCUACCUUGGCAUGGCCGACUCUGCGGUUUCUGAGAUUAACCCUUCACCCCGCCCACCU